GCCCCGGCCCGACGCGCCGCGGCGGAGGCGAGCGGGAGGCGGGACGGGGCGGGGAGAGCGGCGGGGCCGGCGGGAGGACGCGCGGCGCGCCAGGCGGACGCCGCAGGUCCCAUGCCGCGCCGCGACCCCCGCGCCCCUGCCGCCCGCGCCCGCGGCCGCCCCCCGCCGCCCGCCGCCCCGGGCUCGCCGCGCCGCGCCCGCGCGUCCUUAGCGGGGCCACCAAGCGAUGCCCGCUGGGCGCCCGCGAAAGUUUGUCGGCUCCGCUGAAGGGCAGCGGCGCCCCCGCGCCCCCGUGCCCUGCUCCGGCCAGGAGCCUUCACGUAAAUGGGUCCAGUCAUGCCUGCCAGUAAGAAGCCAGAAAGCUCAGGAAUUAGUGUGUCCAGUGGACUGAGUCAGUGUUACCGGGGCAGUGGUUUCUCCAAGGCCCUUCAGGAAGACGAUGACCUCGACUUUUCUCUGCCUGACAUCAGAUUAGAAGAGGGGACCAUGGAAGAUGAAGAGCUGACCAACCUGAACUGGCUGCAUGAGAGCAAGAACUUGCUGAAGAGCUUUGGGGAGUCGGUCCUCAGGAGUGUCAGCCCCGUCCAGGACCUGGACGACGACACCCCUCCAUCCCCAGCCCACUCUGACAUGCCCUACGAUGCCAGGCAGAACCCCAACUGCAAGCCCCCCUACUCCUUUAGCUGCCUCAUAUUUAUGGCCAUUGAGGACUCUCCAACCAAGCGCCUGCCAGUGAAGGAUAUCUACAACUGGAUCUUGGAACAUUUUCCGUAUUUUGCGAAUGCACCUACUGGGUGGAAAAACUCCGUGAGACAUAAUUUGUCAUUGAAUAAGUGUUUUAAGAAAGUGGACAAAGAGAGGAGUCAGAGUAUUGGGAAAGGGUCGUUAUGGUGCAUAGACCCAGAGUAUAGACAAAAUCUAAUUCAGGCUUUGAAAAAGACACCUUACCACCCACCUCCCACCUCUCCUCAGGCAUAUCAAAGCACAUCAGGUCCACCCAUCUGGCCGGGCAGUACCUUCUUCAAGAGAAACGGAGCCCUUCUGCAAGAUCCUGACUUUGCUGCUGCCAGUGCCAUGAUGCUUUUGAAUACUCCCCCUGAGAUACAAGCAGGUUUUCCUCCAGGAGUGAUACAGAAUGGAGCGCGGGUUCUGAGCCGAGGGCUGUUUCCUGGUGUCCGGCCAUUGCCCAUCACUCCCAUUGGGAUGACGGCAGCCAUGAGGAACGGCAUCACCGGUUGCCGGAUGCGGACUGAGAGCGAGCCAUCGUGCGGCUCCCCGGUGGUCAGCGGAGACCCCAAGGAGGAUCACAACUACAGCAGUGCCAAGUCCUCCAACGCCCGCAGCACCUCGCCCACCAGCGACUCCGUCUCCUCCUCCUCCUCCUCGGCCGACGACCACUACGAGUUCGCCACCAAGGGGAGCCAGGAGGGCAGCGAGGGCAGCGAGGGCAGCUUCCAGAGCCACGAGAGCCACAGUGAAACGGAGGAGGACGACAGGAAGCCCAGCCAGAAGGAGGCCAAGGAUGCCCUGGGGGACAGCGGGUACGCUUCCCAGCACAAGAAGCGCCAGCACUUCGCCAAGGCCAGGAAGGUCCCCAGCGACACGCUGCCCCUCAAAAAGAGACGCACAGAAAAGCCCCCUGAGAGCGACGACGAGGAGAUGAAAGAGGCGGCCGGGUCGCUCCUGCACUUGGCAGGGAUUCGGUCCUGUUUGAAUAACAUCACCAAUCGGACGGCAAAGGGGCAGAAGGAGCAGAAGGAAACCACAAAAAAUUGAAAACAAGUCAUUGAUUUGUUUUGAACUUAUGGCCAUUUGGUUUCAGCAUGUCAGGAGAUUUCUAAUGAUUUGUGGCAAUAUCAGCAAUUUUUUUUUUCUUUUUUCUUUUUUUCUUUUGGUUUGGUUUUCUUUCUUUUCUUUUCUUUUUAUCUUUUUUUUUUUUUUUUAAUUUGUCCCCCUCUCCUUUGUUUUGGACCCUUAAGAAUUUUAUUUUUAAAGGAGAUUGAAGCCAUAGAACUCAUAUUGACACUCAGCUGUUUUACAAAAGCUUUUCAUUAUCCGAAGACAAAACCGAAAAAAGCCAAAAUUACCACUGCUUCCUGCAGCCUGUCAGAAACAUGUGGCUUGAACCCACAGGGAUGUCAACGUUAAUGCCACGGGAAUACACAUUUGGCACCUAGAAGGCAUGUGUGCAAAGUAAUUGUCAUUCAGGCCCAACCCUUAGGUUUAAAAAGUCAGGAUGUCCCUCCAGUUGUGUUCACUGAGCGGAGGCCCAUACAGUAAUUGGGGAAAAGCAAGAACCCCGCGUCCCCUUAGGAACAGACCCAGGUCUGUGCACCCAGCUUCCCACUGGGCCAGGAAAGCCCUGGGCAUUGCCAUACAGCAAGCACAGGCUUGCCACCAGUCCUGCGUGCUCCGAACCUCAAGACCUGGUGAUGUCUUACAAGCUGAGCACUGGACUGUCCAGAUACGUCAGGUAUCAGUGACCAAGGGGGAGAAGUGGAGUAAACUGUAGUGAUGUUAGUGAUUACUGAACUCUGUUCUGUAGCUGAGAAAAUGUUCCAAAAGCCAUAAGCCUGAAGGUUGGCCCUGCACAUGCACGCACACACACACACACACACACACACACACACACAAAUAGGACUAAGAGAAAACUCACGGAAAAAAAACAGGCCAUGUCUUCUAAACUGCCCAAGUGGAAAGCAAUCAAGUCAGAAAUGUGACAUUAGCUGUUAAGGAAGGAAAUAAUGGUACAGAUCCUUUUUCUGUCUAUCAAAACUAUUUGAUCCAAGUGAAAACAAGAAACCACAAAACAGAACGCUACAGAACCUGCCAUUAGUAUUGUGGUGUAUUUUUAAAUGAUUACAGGCACAUUGAUGGACACUCAAAAAAGUAAAAUAUGGCAAAAAAAAAAAA